AUGGCCAUCUCCGGGUCUCCGGCGGUUUACGGGACCGCGCAGCCGUAUAGAGGCCAUGUUAUGGCCCCAUAUCCUGAGGCCCCGCAGAUGACCAGUCCCUAUAGCGUCGAUCCGGCGUGGAACCCCUAUGCUUCGAUUGGACAGCCCUACAACGCUCACCAAGGCUUCAAUUCAGGAUACGCUACCCAUAACCACAGUCAAAACGCUUACAAGAGUAAGGAUGGGCCACUUGGCAAGGGAAAGGAGAAGAGCGACCAGGCAGCGAAGGACAACAAUAGUACGGGAAAUAUUAGUAGGGGGGCAACUGACAUAGCAAAGGGGAAGUCAACAUCGGUAGGGGCGCUAGCGGUACCUCUCAAGUUGGGACACAGAAGAGAAUCAACAAGCCGGGUGGUCAUCGCCAACGGAAGUUAUACGACCAACACCACUACUGCUGAAGCGGGAGCGGCGGUUGGAAAGAAGGACAGAAGCAGCGUGGUGAUUGCCUAUGGGAACUAUACUGUUCUCAAGGAUAAAUUGUCUACGAAUUAG